AUAUACACGGAUUAAUUUAGGUGUACCCAUUCCUCAUCAGAACAUGCCCAGAGCAAUACUGCAAACCCGUUAAAUUAUAAUGCCGAGCCUUCACAAAUUCAAGCUGCUGGCUACUGAGUGUGUGGUAGCCAGAAAUCCAACGAUGAGCCCAGUUAUGCACCUUCGCAGGAGAAAAACGCUGCGGAUGCUUCUCAGCCACGGUGCGGGUGGUGGGAGGAGGCUGCCGGUCCAACAUGAAGAUUGGUCUUUGGAUCAACGGGUGAAAAGGAACGACAGGUUAUCGACGGAAAAGAGUAAGAAGAAUUUUUUCAGCCAUAAGCUUAAGGACCUAUUUGCGUCCUCUCCGCCGGCAUUUGAUGAGAGGGUUUCGGACAAUGUGAAAGAAGAAGAAAUUUUACCGCCAUGUGGUGGUGGUGCGAGGAGGAGAGACGGUGCUCGGUCCCGAAGGCCGGUAUCGGCUCUGUUUCGGCGUCGAUUGCUUAGGAGGGCUUGGCGACCUGUGCUCGUGACUAUACCUGAGUAAUAUUGUCAA